AUGAUGGAGAAGUACGAGAACCUGGGUCUCGUGGGUGAGGGAAGCUACGGGAUGGUGAUGAAGUGUAGAAACCGGGAGAGUGGAAGGAUCGUGGCUAUUAAGAAAUUUCUGGAGUGUGAGGAUGAUAAGACAGUGAGGAAAAUCGCACUGAGAGAAAUAAAAAUGUUAAAGCAAUUGAGGCAUGUGAACUUGGUCAAUCUGCUGGAAGUGUGUAAGAAGAAGCGUCGCUGGUACCUUGUGUUUGAGUUCGUAGAAAGGACAGUUCUAGAUGAGCUAGAACAGUAUCCAGCUGGACUGGACCACACGCGAGUCCGCAAAUACCUCUUUCAGAUUCUCCGAGCCAUCACCUUCUGUCAUCAGCACAACAUCAUCCACAGGGAUAUAAAGCCAGAGAACAUUUUAGUGUCUCAGUCUGGUGUGGUUAAGUUGUGUGAUUUUGGCUUUGCACGAACAAUGGCUGCUCCUGGUGAGGUUUACACUGACUACGUUGCCACACGCUGGUACAGAGCACCCGAGUUGUUGGUUGGUGACACUAAAUAUGGCAAGGCAGUUGAUGUCUGGGCAGUAGGCUGUCUGUUUGUUGAGAUGCUGACGGGUGAGCCUUUGUUCCCAGGGGAUUCAGAUAUUGAUCAGCUUUACCAUAUCAUCAGGUGCUUUGGUAACCUGACACCACAGCAUCAGGAGCUGUUCUAUAAGAACCCUGUGUUCACUGGAGUCAGUCUACCAGAACCGACUGAAAGAGAACCGCUAGAGAAACGUUUCCCUAAGCUCUCCAGCUGUGAGACAGACCUGACAAAGAUGUGUCUACAGAUGGACCCCGAUAACAGACCACCAUGCUCAGAGCUUCAAGAGCACGAAUUCUUCACCAAAGAUGGUUUUCAUGUCAGGUUUUCUCCGGAGUUGACAGGUAAAAUCCAGAGGGACCUGAAGGAAAAUCCUUCAGUACCCAAAGGAUCCAAGUCAACAAAGAAAGAGAGGGAUGAAAUGACCAAAAAAGAGAGAGAAGACAGUGUAAGUAAAAGAUCCAACGCAAACUUGAAACUCAAAGAAUGUAAGUCUUUGAAAGGUGCUGCAUUAGAGUCCAAAGGUACUGCGAUAGAGUCCAAACCAGAGCGAGACAGAAUCGAAACCACCGGCACGUCCAAAACUCAAUCCGACGAGACGGAUAGGACCCCAGAAGCCACAGCCGUGCCUACCAGGCCUGCUCCAGUCAAAGACCAGAUCACAGAACAGCCCCCCAAAACCAGCAUUACCCCUUCCAUACCUCCUAUUACCCAGAAUCCUUUGGCCAUUAUCAGUAAUACUCUGAAUGUCAGCAUGGCGAUGGGACCUUCCCCAAGCUCACUAAGCCUAAGGUAUUAA